UUUAAAGCUUUUCGUCCUAUUCUCUCUAUGACUCAAAUCUUUACAACGUCAAGAAAUGAAAGAGACUUCUUUUCAUUCCUUUUUGCGGUUAUAAAAUGAACGAGACAUGCAGUUUCAUUUCAGCACAAUUUUCUUUUUGCUUGCUUAUAGCGUAUAGCGAGGCUGAUCCUGUCGACUUUACAGGCUUCAAGUUUGAGUACUCAACUCCGUCGGCAUCAUUCGAUCGGCAAGUGAUCAAGCUGGGGAGCUGAUUGAACAUGGCUACAAGUAUGCUCUCAAGCACAAUUGUUCUUGAGGUUCUUAGAAAUGACAAUUACCCGAAUUGGAGUGCUUGCAUUAAAAACUAUCUCUUGGCUCAAGAUCUUUGGGAUAUUUUCGAAACAACGACAAAACCUCCAAAACUAGAAGAUGAUGCAGUGGAAUUCAAAGCUUGGAGGAAGAAGAAUGCUGCAGCUUUGCAUGCAAUUCAGAUUUCAUGUGGGGUGGAAAUACAGUCUCAGAUCAAUGAUAUCAGUUCUGCUAAAACUGUUUGGGAUAUGUUGCCUAAAUUAGUGCACCAACCACCAUCAAAAGGAGCUAGUUAUAACCCAGUGGCUGAGCAGGGAAACGCGUUGAAUAUCCUAUCCAACAAUGUUCACGAGGAUGGAUCAAUGAUUGCACCUUAUCAAAAGGUUGAAAUAGGAAGCUCCUCAAACAACCCAGGGAGGCAAAACAUAAUUAAUACUUGGAACGCGGACUACUAUAUGGGGUAUGCGCCACUACACAAGGCUUUGCAAAGUGGUGAUUGGAAUUCUGCAAAAGAAUUCCUUAAGCUCCAACCCAAUUCAUUGACCGCAAAAAUUACUACUUUGGGCAAGACUGCUCUUCACUUGUCUGUUGAGGCGGGACAUGUCCAUAUAGUGGAAGCGUUGGUGGAGGAAAUGUCGGAAGAUGACUUGGAAGUACAAGAUAAUUUCGGUAACACAGCUCUACUGAAUGCAACAUCUACUGGACAGUACAAGAUGGUUGAGUGCAUGCUUAGAAAGAACAAAAAGUUGGUCAGCAUGGGAAGAGCUAGCCCCAAUGGGUUCCAUAUGCUUCCAGUUGUUUGGGCUCUUUCAAAUGGAUAUAUAAAAAUAGCUCGGUAUCUUUAUUCUCUCACUCCGCUUGAAGAUCUAAUUCCAGAAAAGGGCAGGAGCGGUUCAACACUUUGUAGCGAAGCUAUAUAUACCAGAGCUUUAGAUAUUGCUUUGGAUCUAAUCCGGCGCUGUCCACGUUUGGUUCUUGCUCCGGACAACUAUAGCUUCAGCCCUUUAUACGCAUUGGCUUCUGCGAAGUACGCAUUCCCAAGUGGACAUCGUCUCGUGUUUUGGAAACGAUGGAUCUCCUCUUGUAUACACAUUCAAUUGGCAAAUGGUACGACUACCAAUGAAGUUCAUUUGAUAAUUCAAAAAGAUGUGGGAUGCCAAAGCGAUGCAGUAAAAACUAACAGAUUAUCAUCAGGUAUUCACAUUCAAUUGGCAAAUGGUACGACUACCAAUGAAGUUCAUUUGAUAAUUCAAAAAGAUGUGGGAUGCCAAAGCGAUGCAGUAAAAACUAACAGAUUAUCAUCAGGUAUUCACAUUCAAUUGGCAAAUGGUACGACUACCAAUGAAGUUCAUUUGAUAAUUCAAAAAGACGAGGGACGUCAAAGCGAUGCAGUAAAAACUAACAGAUCAUCAGUUGGAGCCCUGUUGCGCCGACCAUUUUCAAAACUCAUUAAACUUUUGGAUAUGGAGCAUUUAUAUGAAAUGAAGUUGGCCCAUGAGCAAUCCCGCGAACUUCUACAGCUUAUGUGCAAAGAAAUCUUAAUAACAGAUGAGGAAGGAAGGGCUGAAGGUAACGUUUAUCAAGCCAUUUUCCGUUCAAUCAAAGAAGGGGUUUUUGAGUUUGUUCACGAUGUAGUGAAAGCGAAUCCAGAUCUUCUGUGGAGCCAUGAUGGCGAUUCAAGAAAUAUAUUCUCGUAUGCUGUCCUAUGCCGCCAAGCCAAAAUCUUUAGUCUUAUAUAUGGAAUAGAUGUGAAGGACAACAUGGCCUAUGAUAGAGAUAACUCCCGCAACAAUAUAUUACAUAUGGCAGGGAUGCCACCAGUUUCCGUUAUGCUUAAUCGCAUACCAGGUGCAGCUUUACAAAUGCAAAGAGAAUUACAAUGGUUUAAGGAGGUCGAGAGUAUUGUCCAUCCAAAGAUCAAGAAAGUUAUAAAUAAUGAUGAUAUGACUCCACGAGAGUUGUUUACAAAAAACCACAAGGACUUGAUGAAAGAGGGUGAGAAAUGGAUGAAGGAUACAGCAACUUCAUGCACAGUCGUAGCCGUUUUGAUUCUUACUAUAAUGUUUGCUGCAGCGUUUACUGUUCCAGGAGGCAACAACCAAGACACAGGCUUGCCAAUAUUCUUCAAUAAAAAACUGUUUAGGCUCUUUAUAGUAUCUGAUGCUCUAUCACUAUUUUCCUCUGCAUCUUCUGUAUUGAUGUUCUUGGGAAUCCUUACAUCACGUUAUGCAGAAGAAGACUUCUUUAAAUCCUUGCCCACAAAGAUGAUAAUAGGCCUUUCUACUCUUUUCUUCUCCAUUGCAACCAUGAUGAUAGCCUUUUCUGCAGGUCUUUUACUUAUGCUAGGUGAAGAUUCAUCGAUGGUUAUUCCUGUCAUAUCUUUGGCUAGUAUUCCUGUCACUCUCUUUGUGUUGAUGCAAUUUCCCCUUCUUGUAGACAUGUAUAUUUCAACUUAUGGACCCGGCAUCUUUGAUAGGAAAAUGAAACGGUGGUUGUAACUUUAUCCAAUAUGACCAAAAGACAUUCAAUUCGCAAUUGAGAAAGUUGUCAACAUUUAUAUAUUUUCUUUUAAUUAAGUUAAUUUUCA